AUGCCCAAGCGUGCCCAGUGGACGCGGUGCCGCGUGUCGGAUGAACCGUAUCCUGUGGGCCUCGACUCUGUCGUUGCCAUCGUGUCGUCCACACCACCGGUUCCGACCUUUACCUUCUCCAACACGCAGCAGUACUUUGCUUCCUUUGGCAACUCGCAGCCAACGGACCCGUCUGGCAACGGAUUCUUCAACGACCCGCUCCUGAACGAUCCUCCGGGGUCGUGCAGUGUAAAGGCCGACGUCUGGAUCGGCGCUCAGUUGAGUUCGCCGCCGUCCCCCGCCACAAUAGAUUCAACCACGGAUUCUCAGGCAGGGGGGGAGUAUUUCCCCCCUUCGUCCGAGAGCGUCAGUGGAGACUCGCCCACUGCCCAGGCAGAACGUCGAGCAUUAAGUCUCAACAUUGCCGGUCUCCCUCCCAACCUCCAGCUCAGUGCUGGCUUUUCACCAGCCUCGCUCGUCAGCUCGAGCGCUCCUUUUACCGACAACCUGUCCCUCGGCAUGGAUCCCGCAGAGGACUACUUUCACUUUAACGAGGCGGCGUUGGGUCCGUCGGCAGAGGCCGCGGCCCAGGUCGCGGCAACACAGGCCAUGUGUGAUCAGGCCAAUGCUGUUGCCGCUGCUUCCCAGGCAGCAGCAGCAAGUCAGGCAGCAGCAGCAGCAAGCCAGCAAGCCGUUAGCCAAGCCGCCAGCCAGGCGUCGGCAAUGUCCUCGGCCCAGAACACACCUGCACCGCAGCAGCAGAUGCAGCAGACUCCAUCGCAGCAGUCUGCCAACGCCGUCAGCAUGACGGGGCCCUCGUCCACCGGCACGUUCGGCUACCGGCUUCCGGCAUCACAACCUUCCUCCCCUAUCCGGGGUGUCUUCCACCCUGGUCAAGGCCAGCAUGCCUUUGCCAUGACAGGAGCCGGAAGGCAGCGCGGCGCGACUGUCAGCGGCUUGCCACAGCAAGAGUACCAGCAGGUCCAGCAACACUAUCAAAACGUUGUCAAUGGCGUGCCCACCGUUGCCUCGGUUCCAGUGUCUGCCGUGCCUUCACACAUGGCGUUUUCCGCCAUCCAUUCCCCGACAGCGUCGUCUCACGUCGUGUCGCCGCCAUUGUCGGACCGACCAGCAAACGUGUUCCUCGGCGAGCCAAACGCGGCCCAGGUGUCGGCCGCCCUCGCUGGUCUCGGCGGAGACGUGACCAUGGAGGACGCGUCCAUGGUGUCUGGCAGCCGGCGCUCGUCUGGCAGCCAGGCAAACUCGGCCCCUCCGACCUCUGUUCCAAAUCCAGUGUCCGGGGCCCAAGCGGUGGCGUCUGUCAACCAGAGCAUUGCGGCGUCAGUGCAGGCAGCAAGCGAGGCGGUCGAGCGCCUGACCUUGGAACGCUUGACAAUGAUCGAUAACAUCGUCAGCCAAGCCCACAGUGCUCGCGAGGCCUUGCUACGAGGUCAAAACGACAAGGUGCCCGAGGCGCUCGGCCAGAUCAGUACGCAGCUGGAAAUCGCCAGUGACCUUGGCGUCGCCCCAGCGCCGACGCCGCGCGAGACGACUCCCGGAUCGGGAUCGCAGGCCAUCUCACCGAUGAACUACUCGCCGACUGCUCAGACCACCACCAUGGCGGUCAGCAGUGCAAUGCUCGCUGGUGCGGGUGGUGCGCCGUCCAACCAGCAGCAGCCCAUGCCCAUGGCGCCGGCCGUCCCUGCUCUCCCUGCUCUCCUCCCCGCGCUGCCAAUCGGCCAGCAGCAGCAGAUGAACAUGGUCCAGCAGCAGCAACAGCAACAGCAGCAGCAGCAACAACAGCAGCAGCAGCAGCAACAGCAACAGCAACAGCAACAGCAACAGCAGCAGCAGCAGCAGCAGCAGCAGGCCGUGGUCAGCCCGCCAGUAGCCAUGGCUGGUCCUGGUUACAUGCCAGUGGCGACAUCGCAAGGCCUCACCUCGCAGCCCCUGGUCCACUCGCACUCGUACCCCAACGGUGCGCACCAGAUGCAGAGCCAGAUGCUGCCCGCGACCAUGCCCACCACGCCCAUCAGCGCCAGCACCAACUUUUCCACGACCAUGGCGCAACACAUGCCCAUGUUCUCGUCGCCGCUUGCCGUCAUGCCCCCCUCGCGUCCUGCCAGUCCCAAGCAGUUUGCCAACUGGAUGCCCGACAACAAUGCGGCCGCGGCCGCCGCCGCUGUCGCCGCUGCGACGGGUGGCAUGCCACCGCAGAUGGUGAACGGACAGCUGGCACAAGCGCAGGCCCAAGCUCUGGCACAGGUCCAGGCCCAAGCACAAGCGCAGGCCCAGGCGGCUGUGGUGGCAGCACAGACCACCGAGGCGGUCAAGUCUCGCCGCCCUUCGGUGGCUGAGCAGCGUUCCGACGGCCGGCCCAUCGUCCGCGGGCGCAGCGCAUCAGUUGCCAAGCCCGGAUCGCUCGCGUUGACGCCAAACGUCAGCCUGCCGCCGUCGGCGUGGCAGUCGCGCCAGGGCUCGCCCAUUGACGACGACGACGAUGAGGACGACGACGACGACGACGAGGCACCUCGCAGGCCCAAGCGCAGGAGGAGCUCGGCUGGGCCCGAUGCCAAUGAUGCGCUCCACAACAACGUCACCAUCUCGGACGACAUCCGCCAGCAGCUCGACCAGAUCUUCAACGAGUUCCUCAACAAGGUGUGCCAGAACUUGGAAAUUGUCGAUAACAAGGGCGAAAAGCUCCACCAAGUCCUCAUGCCCAAGAAGAUGCAAAAGCUGGACGAGUCCAAGGACUUUCGCCCUUUCAAGUUCCGCAUCCAGGCGUUCACCAAUGCGUUCCACCAGGAACUGCUGGACCGCGGUAUCACCGAGGAGACGCUGUCUGUGAAAAAGGUCAAGACGUAUCUCUGGCACCAGGAGCUUAUCUCGCGCUUCAACGCCGACGGUAAAAAGGCAAAGUCCAAGGGCAACCAUAUCUGGCACGUCGACGCCAAGAAGCUGCCCAGCGGCGGCUAUGUCUUCCGCCCGUUCCAGCGCAAGAUUAUCGGCACGCCGCAGGCGUUUGCUGUGGUCAACCAGCGAUACGAGUGGGAACCCAAAAUCUGGGAUCCCAUGGCGCCGUCGGCAAGUAUCAAGCCAACGUUCAAGUCGCCACCGGGCCUGCUCCCGCCAUGGCUCAUGUGGGAAGACGACAUGCGCCUCGUGGGCGUCCCGGAUGUUGGCCCCCACCCCCCGAUCCACGUCGUGGCCAUUGCCCAGUUUGUCGAUGGGGCCGGGAACAUGGCCGAGCUGGAGCACUCGUUCGUCCUCACGGUCAUUGACCAGGUGCAGAUGCAGCCGCCCAACAUGGAAGCCAUGGGCUACGCACCGCAGGUCAUGGUCCCGCAGCAGCAGCAGCAGUGGAUCAGCGGCAUGAACGGCAUGAACGCCGACGCCGUGUCGAUGGAGCUUGCCGCGGCACAGGCGGCCCAGGCCCAGGCCAACAUGGCGUACCAGGCCAACAUGAAUGCCAUGUACCACCCGAACGCGUACGGCGCAUAG